AUGGGUUGUUGUUUAACUAAAUAAACUAAACAUAAAAAGUAUGCCAAUGCAGGUUGUGAUGAACAUCCAAUUUAAUAACCUGAAGAAUCAAAUUAUUUUGAGGUUUGUCAUGAGCCUGUUGUUCCCAAAGAGGUGAAACCAGAAGCAUAGGAAAAAUAAGAAAAAUAAGAAUAAGAAAAAUAGAUCACUUGGACUGAAGGUGAAAUGAUAGGCCAAGGAGCAUUUGGUAGAGUUGUCUUGGGUAUGAAUAGGGUGAGUGGGUAAAUUAUGGCUGUCAAACAAGUAUUUAUCAAGAAUGGAGACGAGAAUAAAGUAUAAUCUAUCUAAAGAGAAAUUGAAAUUCUGAGUUAGUUACAGCAUCCUCAUAUAGUACGUUAUUAUGGUUCAGAAACAAAAAAUGACUAAUUAAAUAUUUUCUUAGAGUAUGUCAGUGGUGGUUCCGUUCUCACAAUGAUCAAAAGAUUUGGCGAAAUUCAAGGAGUCUUUAAUUAGAGAUUGCACUUCCUACACUCGAAAGGAGUAAUUCAUAGAGACAUCAAGGGAGCCAACAUCUUAAUCAAUUAAAAUGGAUAAGUGAAAUUAGCAGAUUUUGGAAGUGGAAAAUAAUUAUCUGAAAUCAAACAUGAUAUUGUUGGUUCCCUAUGUGGCACUCCAAAUUAUAUGGCUCCAGAGAUCAUCGAAUUAGUAACACUAUGGAAAGUAUCAUCAAUCUAUUAAGUGUUAAAUAGGAAGGCCGAUAUUUGGAGUUUAGGUUGCACAAUGAUUGAAAUGGCUACUGGACAUCCUCCAUUCUCUGAAGUUAAGAAUAUAUACACCGUCAUGGUCAAAAUAAGCAAGUUAACUGAGACCUUUCCUAUUCCUGAAGAAUUGAAAUCUGAGUAGGCUAGAGACUUUCUUAAAAGAUGUCUGCAACUGAAUCCAGAAGACAGAUGGGAAGCAGAAGAUCUCCUUUAACAUCCAUUUUUGAUUUCUAAAGAGUAAAGAUAUAGUGGUCUCAAUUCAGCAUAGGAAAAAAAGAAUGUUUUUAUUUCUGAUGAUCUACUAUUUUAAUUGAAAUCAGAACUCAUACCCAAUAAAAAUAAAAAGCUAUAGUUUUCAUUUUAGUUAGACGACGAAUCUUAAUCACAAAACGACAAUUAACAUUAAGAAUAAGAAGUACCCCAAUAUUAAGAGUAGUAAGGACAGGGGUCAUAGAGGGAGGAACCCAUCACAAAUAUCAUUAAGAUAAAUAAUAACAAUAAUUUGUAAUCAGAACCAGAUUAGGACGCUUACAAGGUAAUUAUCGAAUAGAAUUUCGAUGAUAGACUUGGCUUAUAAUAAUUCGAUUCUAAUUUAAAUUGUUAAAAAAACAAAAAAUUAAUAAUAAAUCGGCAAUGCUCGUUAAAUUAAGCAUUAGAUUAGGUUUUGAAUGAUGCAUUUCAACCAUAAUAAUCGAAAUCACUUAAUCCUUUAAAAAACUGA